AAAUAAAUAAAUAAAUCAUUGCCAGUAAAUCUGCAAUUUCAUGAAGCCCAUUUCCGUCAUUUGUAAAAGCAAAAGCCCAUUUCAGAAGCCCACUUCCCAUUUUGGUGACGUCAGCCUUCAACACCAAAAAAAAAUUGCAGCCGAAUUGCUGCAGAAAUUAAAAAGGGCAAAAAUGGCGGUGAAAAAUUUAGCAUGUAAAUCCCUUCCUCUCAAACGUCUCCUCGCCAAUCCUCAAACCCUAUCUCCCAUUUCCCGCCACUCCGACUUCAUAUUUCAAACCCGCAGUUAUGUACAUACACGCGAAAUUUUGGGCAGAAUCGCCCCUAUUAGUAUUGCAAAGUGUUUGCAUUAUGAGAUUGGAAUGAAAAGAUGCAAUCUUGGCGGUGUUUCCUGGAUCCACUCGGGUCGGGUUUUGAGAAAUCCGGAUCCGGUGGUGGAGCAGAGCGAAAAGGAUGGCGGGCCGGGCGGGUCGGGCGGGGCUCCGGUUAAAAAAAGGAAGAAACUGAAAGGAAAGAGAGCUGUGGUGCGGUGGUUGAAGUUUUUCCGGUAUAAGAAGAAGAAAGAUUUCGAAAGAAUGACACCCGAAGAAAAAACCCUAUAUAAGUUAACCAAGGCUCGGAAGAAAGAGGAACGACUGCACGAAGCACUCCACAAGAUCGAGCCGAAGGAGUUGUCCGAGACGACGCACGAUCCCGAAAUACUGACGCCCGAGGAGCACUUUUAUUUUCUGAAAAUGGGGGAGAAGAGCAAGAACUACGUGCCCGUCGGAAGACGCGGGGUGUAUCGAGGCGUUAUACUGAACAUGCACUUGCAUUGGAAGAAGCACCAGACUUUGAAAGUCAUAGUGAAGACGUUCUCGCCGGACGAAGUGAAGGAGAUCGCUUCCGAGUUGGCUCGAUUGAGCGGUGGAAUUGUGCUCGAUAUUCAAGAAAACGAGACCAUUAUUAUGUACCGAGGGAAGAAUUACUCUCAGCCACCAACCGAGAUUAUGAAUCCCAGGGAAACUCUUUCGAGAAAGAAGGCUUUGGAUAAAUCAAAGUAUAGGGAUGCUCUAAGAGCUGUCAAGAAAUAUAUUCCGAGACUCGAGCAGGAUCUCGACUUGCUUCAAGCUCAGGCAGAAACUAAAAUUAUGACGAGUGAAGUAAAAGAUGUUGAUUUCGAAAGCCCUUCGAAUCAAGAAUUCGAGGGGUCCGAUAGGCUGAAAAAAUUAUUGGCUCGAAAUGAUUUCAAUAAAGAAAAUGAGGAAUCGAAUGUGGAUUCUGAUAUUCGUUCGGAUUCGGAAGCUCUGUCGGAUAUGUUCGAGACGGAUUUGGAGUCUGAAAACGAGGUGAAGGAAGAAAAGCCGCUUUAUAUGGACGAGUUUGAAAAGAUUCCGGCGGAUAGUGACGGAGAUGAAGAUGAUUUUGAAGAGCAUCUUCGACGAAUAUCUGCUGAUUCGAGGAAGGAGAAGAAUAGUGAUACAGAUGCUGAGUUGGCGGAUCUUGAUGAAAUUGAUAGAAUGGUUUUAAGGGCAGCUUCGCUUUUGAAGAAAAAGAGAAAAUAAUUCAUUGGUAUGUAGUGUAACUGAUUGUUGUUAUACGAAUAUAUCGGUGCAGUGCACUUCGUUUCUCCUUCGUGCAAAUUGCUAUGCGGUAAAGGCUAAGAAUUGGCUAUGUUUUGAGACGACAAAAAAGGGUUUAAAAUCGAAGAAUUCUCUUCAAUUGAUGAGAGGAUUGGAUUUCGACGUUCUAGAAAUUUUGUAGUUUUUACUUGGCGAACCAGUUAUCGAUAUGCUUAUCAGCUUAUGCUCUUUGAGACUUAACUCAGCUGUAAAAAAAUUGAUGGGUCCGAUAAAUGAUUGUUUGGUUAAGCUUAUAAGCUGUUAAAAAGAGC